UUGCGCGACCGGUGCGCUCAUCGGAACAGAGACGCCAGCAAGCCAGCUUCGUCUCAAGGAACCCAGAUUUGACCUAUCAUGAUCGGAAAAGGCAAGUACUUCAUGCUCCAUUUCAGCUUUCCCACGAUAUAUUCCCAUUUAAGCUGACUCUGUUGGCUACUGGCAGUGCCCAGCAAAGUGCCUGUUCAAGUCAGCUUGUCUCCUCGUUCUCCACCACCACCACCACCACCACCAUCGUAUAUACCAUCUGCACGCCCAUCAAACACAAUGGAGAAGAUCAAGGAGAAAAUGAACCAGCUGCGCUUCGAGGCAGACAAUGCGGUCACUCGUGCUGAAGAUGCAGAAGCCAAGAACAAGAAAUACGAUCAGAUUAUCCUUGAAAAGGAUCAGGAGAUUACUUCAAUGACUCACAAGAUCUCGGUUCUUGAGGCAGAGCUUGACAAGGUGGACGCGAAACUUGCCGAAGCCAAGGCCUCACAGGAGGAGGGUGAAUCAUUGAAGAGCACGAACGAGAACCUUACAAGAAAGAUUGCACUACUGGAGGAGGAACUGGACGCUGCUGAGAAGAACGUGAAAGAAACGAUGGAGAAGCUGCGGCAAGUGGACGUCAAGGCAGAACACUUCGAACGUCAAGUCCAACGCGUUGAGCAAGAGCGCGACCAAUGGGAGAAGAAGUUCGAGGAAAUGCAACAGAAAUACAAAUCGUCCCAGGCAGAACUGGACAACAUGGUUGCUAACAUGGAGUCGAUGUAAUCAUCCUCUUCGUGCUUUCUCCUCUUUUGCGCUCUCCAUAUAGAGCUUCGAUCUUGACUAUCUCACACCACAGCCCACUCAUGGUGGUCAUGACCCUCUACACGAUAUUCUCAUAAUUCUUCUAUCAGGAAUAGUGUUUGAUUAUUUAACUGAAUGGAUUCUUGCCUCAGAUCUUGUGGCCGAUUGCGCGAUCUAGUACUCUCUUCUCAGUGAGUUCCUUGUUUUGACUCCACUAGCACGUUAGGGGGUUCAAAGUCAUGAUUACAUAAGUUGUGAG